GCUGACCUACUGACUACUGAGCUGUGAACUUGUUUUAAUUUGCUCAUUACCCACAUACACAAUUCCCUUUCACAUGCUCUCACCAUAAAUCUCUCUAACUCUCUCCUUACAAAUAUUCCCCUAAAUUUUUAUUUCUAAAUUUUAAAUUCUUUUUUCUCUUCAACAUAUAGAGUAAUAAACUUCAGAGAUGUGGAAUAAUAAUUAUUAUUCAUACCAUUCAAGAUCAUGAAAUGAAGAACAAACCAAUCAUCACCAUAACCGUUACUAUAAUCUUCCUCAUCUCCAUUAUUAACCCUUCUUUAACUCUAAACCCAGAUGGUAUUCUUCUUCUUUCAUUCAAAUACUCCAUUUUAGACGACCCAUUACACGUUCUUGACUCGUGGAGUUACUACGACGAUAACCCAUGUUCAUGGCGGGGAAUCGAAUGUAAUAGUUUUAGUUUAGGGUAUGAUAAUCCUCGUGUUAUUCAAGUCUCUCUUCCUCAAUGUCAGCUUCUUGGUUCUUUACCCGUCAAUUUUGGCCUCCUUGAACAUCUUCAAAUCCUUAAUUUAUCAUCUAAUUCGAUAAACGGGUCGAUUCCUGAUUCGUUAUACAGUCUUCCGGAUCUUCAUGUACUUGAUUUAUCAAAUAAUUUGAUAUCCGGUGAGUUAUUGGAGUCCAUUGGCGGGUUAAGGAGUUUAGAGGUUAUUGAUAUUUCUGAGAACGCACUCGCUGGGAAUAUUCCGAGGAAUCUUGGAACAUUAAAGAAUCUAAGUACAGUUUCCUUGAAAGGGAAUUAUUUUUCCGGCGAAAUUCCCGGUGGGUUUGAUCGGGUUCAGUUUUUGGAUUUAUCUUCAAAUUUAUUAAACGGUUCACUUCCGGUUGAUUUUGUGGGAGAAGCAAUCGAAACGUUUAACAUUUCACAUAACCGGUUUUCCGGCGAAAUAUCUCCGGUUUUCGGUGGCAGAAUACCGCAAAAUGCGACAUUGGAUUUCUCCUAUAAUAACUUGACGGGUCAGAUUCCAAAUUCCAAGAUAUUUCUUUCUCAAAGUAAAGACUCCUUUGCCGGUAAUCCGGAUCUAUGCGGGUCACCUUCGGGUAACCCAUGUAAAAGUCCAUUAAGUCCGAUUUCUCUCCCGCCAGCUCCAGCUCAGCCCAUUCCACCUCCUGCCUUUGCCGCCAUUCCUAAAACCUUCGCUAGCAGCCCAGAUGGGGGCUCACAAAAUACCCCAUCAGGAAAAUCACAUGGGCUUCGACCUCAAAUAAUUGCCGCCAUUGUUGUUUGUGAUUUAACCGCCAUUGCUAUCCUCGCCAUGAUUUUCCUCUUCAUUUGUAAGCGAAAAACUGACACUAGUACUAAAAGCGUCAGAAAUAAUAAUAAUAAACGCGAUUUCUUACCUUCAUCAUCCUCCUCCUCAUCGUCUACCAAAGGAAUAGCGUCAAAAUGGUCGUGUUUACGAAAAGGAAAAAGCGACGAAACACAGUACGACGACGAAGACGAAGAAGAUGAUGAUGAUGCGGAUGAAGAAUAUGGAUCGGAAGAGAGAGAAAACGGAGGACGGCGGCAGCAGCAUGAACAAGGACAAUUAGUAAUAAUGGAAGCAGGGAGUAAUGCUGGAGAGAAAGUGUCAUUAGAAGUAGAGACGCUUUUAAAAGCGUCAGCUUAUAUAUUAGGAGCAAGUGGUACAAGUAUAAUGUACAAAGCAGUAUUAGAAGACGGCACCGUUUUAGCAGUAAGAAGAGUAGGGGAAUCAAAUAGCGUGGAAAAGUUAAAGGAAUUUGAAGGUCAUGUUCGUGCCAUUGCAAAGCUUGUUCAUCCUAAUUUGGUUAAAGUUCGCGGGUUUUAUUGGGGUUCUGAUGAAAAGCUUAUUAUUUAUGAAUAUAUUUCCAAUGGCAGCCUUGCUAAUGCUCGUUACAGAAAAACGGGCUCUUCACCAAGUCACCUACCUUGGGGGAUCCGACUCAAAAUAGCGAAAGGGGUAGCCCGUGGGCUCAGCUAUAUCCAUGAAAAGAAGCAUGUACAUGGUAACCUAAAGCCCAAUAACAUACUCCUGGAUGCGGACAUGGAGCCCAAAAUUAGUGAUUUCGGGCUGGAAAGACUCUCAAUGGGUAAAUUUGCGUAUUUCCCGGGCGGGUCAACCCGGCAUUUUGGUAGCAAAAGAUCCACUGCGUCAAGGGACAGCUUCCAAGACCACUCAGUAGGGGCAACCCCAAGUCCAAGUGCAAGUUCAAUAGGAUGUGUAUCACCUUACCACCCACCCGAAUCACUACGAAGCCUCAAACCAAACUCAAAAUGGGAUGUUUACUCAUUCGGAGUGGUCUUACUCGAACUACUAACCGGAAAAGUUGUGGUAUCCGAUGAACUUGGCCCACCCAUUUUAGACGAAUUGGCUGUCGGGCUAGAGGAUCGGACUCGGAUGCUUCGAAUGGCGGACCCCACAAUUCGGAUCGAUUUGGAAGGUAAUGAGGAGGCUUUAUUAAGUUGCAUAAAGUUAGGAUAUAAUUGUAUUGCACAUGUUCCACAAAAGAGACCUACAAUGAAAGAAGCCCUUCAUGUUUUAGAAAAGAUUACAACUUUUCCUUCAACUCCAUGAUCUUAUUGUAUGGCUGACCUUACUUGAUCCAAAUCAAAGGAUUGUAGAUUAUUCCGGAUAAAUCAAAUUAAAAUGUUACAUUGUAUGUAUGAUUGACUUAUAGUUUAUUUAUUUAAAUCUUGUCUUUGGUUUUUGUUGUUUUAGAUAGUGGGUUCAAAUUCAUGCCUUUUUGUGGAGUUGUUGUGUUGUAUCUAUCUAGCUUUGCUUUAGCCACAAUUUGAAAGCAUCAUUACAUCUUGUUUUGUAUAAUGCAUAAUAAUGUUACUAAUUGAUCAUAUUAUUUCAUUUUCAAUUCUUGUGAUUUUGUAGAUCUGACUUUUUGUAUUGAAAAGUUGUAGAAUAUUCUAUGGGCCCGCCAUCUCCAACCCAAGUCUGUGAUCCAAUAACUCCAUCUUGGAGUGUAGGGCAAAGCAUACAAUUAGUGAUGAUUAGGGUAACAAAUCAAGGCAUGAAGAACAAUUAAGAUGUUAAAUAAAUGAUUAAUGGAAAUAAUAUACAACUUGUAAUGUUGGAAAAUCCUCUACGUUAGUUUGCUCAAAUAUUAUAAAAGUUCAACCAGGAAAACAUAGAUUUGAUUGUUGCUUGUCCAGCCAAGUAAGUUGCCUGCACAAACAAUUUUAUUUGAACAAUCCUCAACAACAAACUCCAUGCCUGGCAAAACCUACUCCCCAAGCACAAAAUUCUAACUUUGGAGGGGCCAAAAUACAUACCCUACAUGAAGAAGUUUACUAUUGAGUACUUAUAAAUUCAAAAUUUAACUUUUUUUUUUUGUGAGUCGUUGGCACCCUAUGCUUCAUUUUAGGUCCGUGACCGUAAGAAAUUUAAUUUGUUAGUGGGCUAGGAUUUAAUUAAAGAGAGGAGAGAUGUAUGAAAGUAACUCUUUAUUAUUU